AUGACGCGGGCUCUGGCUGAGAAUGGCGCCAAGAAAGUUUACAUCAUCGGCCGGAGACAGCAAGUUUUAGAAGACGCCGUUAAGCAGAUCGGUUUGGAUAACGUAAUUCCAAUUCAAUGCGACGUGACUAAUAACGAGAACCUCAAAGCUGCAGCGGCAUCCAUCGAGAAGGAGGUCGGAUACAUCAAUCUACUUGUGGCCAAUUCUGGUAUUGCAGGCCCUUCUGGAGAUGUCCCUCCAAAUGCCACCAUAGCCCAAGUCCAAGAUACCCGUCUGAAUAUUCCUAUGGAUGACUUCACAAGUACAUAUCACGUCAAUUGCACUGCGGUCUUCUAUACUGCGAUUUCUUUUCUUCAUUUAUUGAAAAGAGGAAACGAAUCUGGUUUCCAAGGAGGGAGGAGUCAGCUUAUCGCAACCAACUUUAUUGGGGGCUUCAACCGAAAGAUCUCAGCCGGCUUUGCUUACACCACCAGCAAAGCCGGAACGACCAUGAUGCUCAAAGUGUUGGCCACUUACCUAGUGCCAUAUAGAAUCCGGGCCAACGUGCUUUGCCCAGGGGUGUUUCCAACUAAUCUCACCACAAGCUUGAUUAAAAGUGAUGAUCCAAUGGCCGAGGGUGCAUUUCCCCUAGAUCAGAUUCCUGCCGAGCGAGCUGGCACGCCAGAGGAUAUCAUGGGGCCGUUGCUAUAUCUAGCUUCUCGUGCGGGUGCCUACUGUAAUGGAAAUUGUGUAUUGACCGAUGGAGGUCGUUUGAGUGUCACUCCAUGUACAUAUUAG